CUUUCCUUCCCGCUUUCCCCGGGAGAAACAUGGCCGGGAGCAGCGAGGAGGCGCCAGACUACGGGCGAGGCGUCGUGAUUACAGAUGACUGGCCAGGGUAUGACUUGAAUUUAUUCACAUACCCGCAGCACUAUUAUGGAGACCUGGAGUAUGUUCUCAUACCUCAUGGCAUCAUUGUGGACAGAACAGAGCGGCUGGCUAAGGAUAUUAUGAAAGACAUAGGAAACUGUGACAUUAUGGUCCUCUGUGUGCUUAAAGGAGGUUAUAAGUUCUGUGCAGAUCUUGUAGAACACCUUAAGAACAUCAGUCGAAAUUCGGAUCGAUUUGUCUCUAUGAAGGUUGAUUUCAUCAGACUAAAAAGUUACAGGAACGACCAGUCCAUGGGCGAGAUGCAGAUAAUUGGAGGCAAUGAUCUUUCAACACUGGCUGGAAAGAACGUCCUCAUUGUUGAGGAUGUUGUUGGAACGGGGAGGACCAUGAAGGCGCUGCUCAGCAGCAUAGAGAAAUACAAGCCCAACAUGAUUAAGGUAGCCAGUUUGUUGGUGAAGAGAACACCUAGAAGUGAUGGCUUUAGACCUGACUAUGUUGGAUUUGAGAUUCCAAAUCUGUUUGUGGUGGGUUAUGCCUUAGAUUACAAUGAAUACUUCCGAGAUCUGAAUCACAUAUGCGUGAUCAAUGAACACGGGAAAGAAAAGUAUCGAGUUUAAAGAAAUAAAUUCUCACCAUCGAAUCUCUGAAUAACAUCAUACUUACGACUACAGCCGGAAAGCCAGCAUGUGAAGUUUGUCUUCCCAGGCAUCUUCUCGCAGCAGGAUAUGCAAGGAAAAAUGUUUUAAUGAGAGAGCUUUCUUUUCAGAGCUUAUAACAUAAAGAAUACCAAAGGUUCUUAAGGGGGGAAAAAAAGCAAUCCUUUUAUUUCACUUGUUCCAAAUUAAAUAUUCCGCCUCGUGACUCAUGAGUUCUAUCUACCUUCACACUCCUUCACUAUUUGUUUUAUUUCAAUCCAGUCAUUAUGCUCAAUUACUAUACCCCCCACCCAGUUAUUCAAAUAUUAUUCACCUAAUUUUUUUUAAUAUCCCAUUUUGGUAAUGCUUUGCAAUCUGAAGAAACGGUAAGACUUUUAAGUUCAGCUCCGAAUUCAUACACUGGGAAUGCAAUAGAUUCCCAUACUUUAAAACGAGGGAAAGGACAAUUUAAUAUAAAUUUCUGUUUGUGCAUUUCUGGCAGCCCAUUACUAUUUGCUUUGACAAACCCUUUUUGAACUGUAGCGUAUAAUGAAUCUUAAUGAUGUUAUGAGAUGAGCCUUUGCUCAGUGCUCUGGAUCGGAGCUUCCGGUAUGUGAUAACGGUAUGUCAUGUAUGCAUGGAUGUACUCAACUGUGUUUAAUACUCUGAAUUUUAAUUAGAAAAAAUACAAUGACAGCAAGGCUCUCGUUUCUAAGCUGCAUCCUUUUAUUCAUGUGGGACAUGAGUAAAUGGCAGAAUUGGAGGGGGGGUUCAAUUCUCAGAGCUGAACAAGUAUGAGUUUUUCCUCUUAUUUGCAUCAAAGGACAAGACAUGUAUAUUAUCAUCAACAUGAACACAGAGGUUGAAUUUUUUCUUUGAGAGAUCUCAUAAGACUUAAAUGACCCGCAGGCAGUACAGAAAACAAGCACUUAAAAUUUUUUCUGAGUAACAUUUUUUUUCCAUUUCCAGUGUUUUAUGAGAUGUUUUCUAAUUUAUGGGGAUUUUAAUUGAAAAUAAACUCGAGUGCCAAUAGAGUUUUUUUUUUUUCUCACCUCCUAAAAGGAUAAAAUGCAAAGUAAAUAACUAAGCAGCCUUUGUUUAGUUUUGAACCAUGUGUGGCAUAUUGUUAUCAGGUUCUAGCUUCCUUUAAGCUAAUAAAGAAUAAGAAACCUUGUUACAUUUCA